UUUUCCUUUGGGAUUGCAUUGAAGGCGUCCUGUGAGUUAGUAUAACUCACGUCAUAUUUUCUGCCCCACCUCUCCGCCUACUCCACACGACGCGCUUCAUGCCGUCAUGCACUUCGACCAUACAUCAUACAUAUCAGAUAUACGACAUAUGUAACCCGCUUGCAAGCACACGCAUCCAGUCCAAUCUUCAAACCUCCUCGAAACGUACACAUCUCAACGUCCUGGUCACGAGUCACUAGUCUGUCAAGCAGCACUCGCGAAAAGAUCAGGUCGUCUGUCCCGUCAACACCGCCAAGAUAUCUUCACCAACUCGCACUCGUAUUUCUCGACUUCUUCGCGUCAUUCAGCCAACAGUAUCACGCAAGAGAAUGUCCACACACUCUGCUCUGUCAUCGUCCUUGCCUCAGGCACCAUGGAAACCCAUCUUCGAGAAACAUCUCAGCAGCAUGGAAACACCUCAAUUCGUAUUGUCCACUCUGACUCCAGCUCCUGCUGGCUCUCCAACACCGUAUCUUCCGCGUUCUCGGUAUGUAAUAUAUCGCGGAUUCUGGGGUACUUUGCCCGAAAACAAGCACAACGUCGUCGAGCGUAACCCACGUGUCUACGAGAGUGAGAUGCCUUGUAUAACGACCGAUGUCAGGAUGCAAAAGACAUUCGAGCUCUUCAGCAGCUCAGAGGGCAAGGCGACUGAAGAAGAGCAAGUGCAAGGCAGCGGCGGCGGCGGUCCGGUUGAGGCGGUCUGGUGGGUGGAGGGCGAUGUUCAAACACAAUGGAGGCUUAAAGGUCGCGCAUAUGUGUUAUGCAAGGACGACAUCGAAGGCGAAGGCGAAGAGAGUAGCGGCGUUAGGACUGUCAAAAGUGAAGUUGGUCGACGAAUGAGGAUUGUCCCUGAGGGAGAGGGCAAGGAGGGAGUAUGGAGCUGGAGUCGCGAGAUCAAGGGCCACUUUGGCAACAAUUCGCCUGGCAUUAGAGGCUCUUUCAAGGCACCACCGCCCGGACAACCUGUGAACAUGCCGUAUGAUGACAAGAAACUUGUGCUUGGAGAGAAAGUGACCAGCAAUGACGACGAAACAGCGUUGCACCACUUCCGUGUAAUCGUCAUUCGUCCUGACGAAGUCGAGCAAACAGACCUCUCUGAUCCCAAAAAGGCACGCCGAUAUAUUUACACUAUUGGUGAAGAUGGCAAUUGGAACAAGGAAGAGACCUGGCCAUAAUACGUCGUAUCAGCAUACGGUCAAGUCAGGAUUGUCGCAUAUCUGACUGACAGUCUGACCCCUCUUCGGCCGAGAUAUUGUAGUCUGUGGGUCAUAUAGAAGACUGUCUAUAGGUGCUCGGAACAAAAUCAGAAUAAAUCCCGGUAGGGUUCUCUGGUUUCUGUCACAGAAGCAUAUUUCCACCAGUUAUUGCUCGAUCUUUCUUGCAGGCUAUCUACCGCUCAU